AUGGUCGUUUCAACGCAGUCGGACUGGUUCCGUGCCAUUGCGCAGAAGAACUACGGGGAGAUCUCCGCAGCCUCAGCAGCGUUUUCGAAGUCUGUAGACCAAGAAGGGAACACGGGGCUCAUGAUUGCUGCCUCAAAUAAUGACGCGGAAAUGUGUCGCAUGCUGGGGCCUCUCGAGAAGGGCAUGUUUAAUAGGCACGGCGAAAACGCCAUCACCAUCGCCAUUAAGAAGCGUGCGCUCGACUCUGUCCCCGUUCUGGCUCAGUUUGAGGCGUUUUAUCGUCUGCGUGACGAUUCGACCCCGCUACAUUAUGCUGUUCGCAAUCUCUUCCCGGAGAGCAUACCCUUCCUCGUCCACUAUCUAAAGGACAAACCUGAUGGUCGUGGGAUGACAGCACUGGACCUUGCCGCUGAUCAGGGCAACGCAGUCGCUUGUGAGACAAUUCUCAAGUAUGGUGUUGGCUGGACCCCACUCCAGCUAGAACGCGCCGCUGAACAUGCCAAUCUUCAUAGCUAUCACACGGUUGCAAAUCUCAUCAGGGAUUACAAGAUGGACAGUACUCUUGCAACCAAGCUCGCGGUCGACGCCGCAGUGAUUCGUAACAGCAUCGUCGGAAGCACUCUUAAUCCCCUGGCUGCCGUUGACCCUGUUACGGCGAGUAUCGAGAAUGCCGUCUUGUCAUCGAGAAUCACCGACGAAAUCGCGCGUACCGGCCACUCCUCGACGUUAGAUGCCGUGACAGCCUCGAAGCUUAUUCCCCCGUCACUGGCUACAGCGUCUGCCAUUACUGCCUCCCAGCUUGCUACUCGCGCUGCACUCGCCACGACUCCCUACUAUAACCCAGUAGCUGCUCAGGCCGCUGCUACCCAAGCAGCCCUAACGGCAUCUCAGCUCUACAACCCUCUUGUUCCAGGGUCGGCCACCGUUGCCACUGCCGCCGCGAACGCCGCAGCCACGGCAGCUGUCCAGGACACGCUUGUUCGCUCUGCGGUUGCCAACAACGUCUUGGCAGCCCAGCGCAUAUAUGAUCCGCUGUGGUUCCAGCCUUCUCUUGCCGCCACCGCCUCGUUCGUUGCAGCCAACAGGAUCAACCAGGCUCUGACUGAGAGUGCAAGGAUCCGGGCCAAUGCCGCCUUGCACGCCGCCAAUGCCGCUGCCGCCGCUGCAACCGACAAGUCUGCAGCGGUAGCUUCCCUCAAGGCGACACUCGAUGAGCUGGCUGAGUCCACUCCUGAGGCAGCGGCUAUCAAUAGCAUUACUGCCUCCAUGCGUGCCGAGAAUUACGUUCUCGACAGCGCCACUGGCCGCUAUCCUAAUGGGGAUACAGAACUGAUAAACGCCGCAAAGAAUGGAAACCUCAACUCUGUCCGUAUCUUGUUGAACACGCAGGCGGGACUCAUCAAUAACCGCGGGAAGACCGCGCUCAUAUGUGCUGCUGAGCGCAACCACAUAGCCUGCGUCUGUGAGCUCUCGCCCAAAGAGAGCGGCAUGUCGGAUUAUGAAGGGAUGACGGCACUUAUGUACGGUGCGUCGUACGGCCUUCGCGAGGUUGUUACCGCCCUGCUACAUCCUGAAAAGCGCCUUUCUAGGCCGCGUGAUGGAGGCACUGCCAUGAUGGCUGCGGCGGCUAAUGGCCACUUUGACUGCGUAAAAGUUCUGCUCGACCACGAGCAUGGAAUGCAGUCGUUGGACGGAACGACUGCGCUGAUCCUUGCCGUUAAGUUUAACCGUAGGCACGUGGCUCAACUCCUUUACAGCACCGAGUACGACAUCAAGGACUCCAUGGGCAAGUCUGCGCGUGACUGGGCGACGGAGCUCAACAGAAAUGCUAUCCUUGAGGAUAUGAAGGAGUAUGAGCGUGCAAGGUCUUAG